UAAAAACCACAUCUCAUAGCAGAGUCAAAGAGAGAACAUUCCUAGCCAUGAGAACAAGCAUGAAUAUCCUUCCCUUUCUGGCUGUCUGCCUGACAUUCAUUGUGCUUUCAGAAGGAAUGUCUUUAAAGAGGGCUGGAGAGCUUAGAUGUCAGUGUGUAAAACUAGAGCGCACUCCGAUACCUUUAAAGCAAAUCCUGAACUUUGAAAUCAUCCCUAAGGGCCCCCACUGCAAGAAUUUGGAAGUCAUUGCCACGGUGAAGACUGGUAAAGAAACUAGUCAAGACGUAUGCUUAGAUCCCACCGCUCCAUGGGUCAAGAGGAUUAUUGACAGAAUUUUGAACUCGGCUAAGACUUCAGCAUCUACUAAAUAAGAACACGCAACAAGUUUUCUGAUAACUAAAGUGAAGGCUAAAAAGGAAGAUCUCUGUAGAUGAAUCCAUACAGGAAAUAUUACCUGGAAAAAGCUACAGAAAUGGACAUUUUCUACUAUGUAGAAUAUAAUAGAUUAAAUUGAUCACAUCAUCCUUCUAAAAAGUAAAAAUAAUAACCUUUAACCUUGAUAUAGUAUUUUAUUUCCUUAAAUUAUAGUCUUUUAAGACUUCCAUGGUGUUAAAUAUACAUUACCUUCAUUUGUGUAUUUUACCAGGAAUUAUGUAAUGUAUAAAAACUGUCAAUCAGGGAAAAAGAGUUGUAUCAAAUAGAAGCCAGGUUUUCACUGACAAUGGCAUGUAAAAAUUGUUUUGUUUUUUUAUUGCUUUUAGUGAGAAUACAGCGAAUUUUAUGUGCUAUACAACACAUCAGUAUUAUUUGCAUUGUGUCAUUUUUGUGGCAGAAUGCUUGAAGGAUAGCUUAUUUAUAUGUGAAAUUACUGUAAAUGUAAUAUAUUGGUGCACAGAUAUAUUCUGUAGUAUGCCUAAUCUACUAUAAUGUGUAAUUUAUUUUUACACACAAUCAUGUAAUUAUUUAUAAUGUUGUUUAUUAUCUCCAUUUUUGUUAAUUUAUU